AUGUCUGAAAGUGAGGAAGAAGCAAUUGAUUUUGAUAUUAAUUCUAUGGAUUAUGAAGAUGCAAUUGAUGGAAUGAAUCGGAAACGAAGAUACAAUAUGACGAAAGAAGAUCAUAUUUAUGAUGAAAAAAAGAAAUUAUCAAAACCAAUUAAUUUUGUUUCUGGUGGAACAACUAAAGAUACCGAUGAAAAGAUUACAGAAGAGAAAAAAGAUAUUAAAAAUAUAAAAACAAAUACAAAAAAGUCAUUCUCAAAUGAGUUUGCUGGAAUGAGAAAUUCUGCAACUAGUAACAUUACAAAAGGUAGUGUUAUUAUGAACAUUAUGAAAAAGAUGGGUUAUGAUGAAACAAAAGGUCUAGGAAAAGAUAAACAAGGUACUAUAGAUACAAUUGAAGUAAAUGUAAGACCCGGAAGAGGUGCUUUGGGUUCAUAUGAUUUUGAAAAUAAAAAUACUAUUGAAAAAUCAAAAAAUAAAAAUGAAACUCAAAAGAACGAAAAAAAUGAAGAAUCGAGGAAAAAUAAGAAUAAGAAAAAAGAAGUAGUUAAAUAUGAAGAUUAUUAUGAUAUAACUAAAGUUGAUGCAACAAAAAAUUUAAGUGAUACCUCAAUGAAAAUUAUUGAUAUGACUGGGAAAAAUACAAGAGUUUUUGAUAGUAUGCAUUCAUUAUUAUCAACAAAAUGUUAUGGAUUUGAUGAAUUAGAUGAAAAGUAUUCAAAAUACAAUAUACCUGAAGUAACACAAAAUUUAAAUAUGUUGUGUUCAAUGGCAGAAUUUGAAAUUGAAAAAAGUGGAAAAGAAUAUGUAGAGAAAAAAAUUUUAAUAAAUAAAUACAAAAAUGAUUUUAAUGAAAUUCAAGAUGAAAAUAUACCUGAAAAUAAAGUACAAGAAAAUUCUUCAAAUCCUAAAAAUAGUUUUUUGAUGUGGAAAGCGUUUCUUAAAUCUAUAGAUAAUCGUGAAUUGGAACCACAAAACUAUAAAAUGUACAAAAAAAUUUCAGAUUUACCAAUAUAUGAUCGAAUUGUAUAUGAAUCAUUACAUGUCCCUAUAAGAAGAAGUAUCUUAUCGUGGAAACCUAAAGAAGAAUGUGAUGUAUUAAAAACAUUUUUUAUGGAAUAUGAUGAUGUUAUACCACAUUGGUUUAAAGAAUAUAUUAAAAUUCGCUUCAUUGUUCCUAAAAUUGAAAGUGAAAUUGAAUCAUGGGAUCCAAUAACUGAUCGUUUACCUCUUCACAAAUGGUUUAUACCAAUACAUGAAGUUAUGCCAAAACAUUUAAAACAUGUACAUUAUAUGAUUAGAAAUAAAAUUGCAAAAGGAUUACAAUUAUGGGAGGGUAAAGAUUUAUCUCCACUUAGGUUUUUGAAAAUUUGGAAAAACAUAUUUUCUCAAAAAAGUUUUACAGAUUUUAUCAAAAAAAAUAUUUUCCCAAAGUUACAUGGUUAUUUGGCUAAUAUUUCAUUUACUUUAGAAUUUGAUUUUUCUGAUUUAAAACGAUUUUUCCAAUGGGAAAGUAUCAUAUCCAGAAAUGAUAUGUUAAAUCUUUUUGUAAAUUCUUUUUUUCCCGGUUGCAGUUAUUUUAUAUCUACACAGUUAAACACUGAUAAAGAAGGAUUUAAAUCAAUUGCUUUGUUUUAUAUUAGAAUAAGAAAUAUACUACCUGCAAAUUUUUUGUUUUCACCUGAGAUAAUGAAUGAAAUGGCUAACAUAUUAAUUAUUAUUAAAAAAGCAGCAAUUAAAAAUAAGUAUAUUAGUACUAUAUAG